AUGACGCCCACAAAAAAACGCCUCGAAAAAGAAUACCAAAGCCUGCGCAAGACCCCCGCAGCCGGCUACUCCGUCGAACUAAAACACGGCGACAUAUUCGAAUGGACAGGCACCCUGCACGGCCUCUCCGCCUCCCCCUACGAAGGCGGUACCUUCGCCUUCCACAUCCAAUUCACCGACGAAUACCCUGAGGCGCCACCCAAACUCAACUUCACGACUAAAAUCUACCAUCCCAAUGUUGACGGUAGGACGGGCGUUGUGAGCUGGAGGAUGCUGGGCGAGGAGUGGCAUCAUAAUAAUACGAUGGAGAAGGUUUUGAUUGGCUUGAGGACGUUGCUUGAUCAUCCCGAGUUGGAGAGUGCGGUUGAGGUGGGGAUUGCGAAUGAGUUUGCGAAUGAGAGGGGGGUGUUUGAGAAGAGGGCGAGGGAGUGGACGGGGAGACUCACAAAGCCUUCACACUCAACCGGAUUUUUACUCACCAUGGACCAAACCCGCGCAGAGACAAUCACCGAUUUCUUUCAAACCCUCAUGGAUCUCAACGUCAAGAUCCCCAAACUAGCCCGUGGCAUGGAAGUAAAGCUACUAGCGGCAUGUAUGGAUGCGGGUGUGGCUCCCUUCUGGGAUGACUUCACAGAGCUUUCUCUACCGCAACUCCUCACUCUGGCUAGGAAGAUGGAGCAUGAGGCGGCGGAUAUGGUUAACGCUAAAAUGCAGGGCAAUAGUUGGGAUGAGGAGGAUAAGAGGGAGCAGACAAUGGAGUAUAGGAAAGCAGUGGCUAAGGUUGGGCCUAACAGUACGCCGAAGGGGUUGGAGGAGUUUGCGGGAAGGGCGAAGAUGGUGGUGGAGCUGGAUAAGAUGGAGAGGGAUAUUGAGAAGGGUAUGUCGGGAUUGAAAGUGUGA